UAUCGAUAGACGAUAUCUGCGCAUGUCACACAGACAAAAGGUAGUUGCUGCGGCACGCAAUCCAUAACUAACUCACAUAAGACGGCCGCUGAAAAAUAAAAACAUGUUAAAAUUAACAAAAUCGCUUGGACAGAGUUUCACUAUUACCAACUUGGCCGGCCUCCGUGCUCUUAACCGCUCCUAUGCCGCCACCAACGUGAAAGAAGGGGCUCAGCUGAAUCCCGAUGAGCCAAUUGACAUGCCUAAUCCUUUUGAGAAGGAUCCAGAACAGUGCAUACUCUGCAAGCACGACAUUACGCCCUACUACAAGAACGUGAAGCUAUUGUCACAAUUUCAAUCACCCUAUACGGGCCGCAUUUACGGCCGUCACAUUACCGGAUUAUGCAAGCAGAAGCAGGAGGAUGUAGAACAGGCCAUAAAGAGGGCUCAGCGUUGCCUGCUUAUGCCCGGCUAUCACAAGGACUUGGAGUUUUUGCAUGACCCGAAGCUCUUCGAUCCCGAAAGGCCCUCGCGCCCGCAUAAAUAUUAGUUGAAAUUGUUAAAAUAAAUUCAUUUGUAUUUUUGUUAUAAUACAUUUAACAGUACAUUACUAUUGUUUAUGUACAAUA